GGCCAGGAGGGAUUUUAUAGUACUGUACACAGGACAGCUGUUACCCUUCCCUUUAUAGUUAUGACAACUCCUCUGUAAAAGUAUUCUGCAAGGGGAUUUUUUCUUUUGUUUUCAAAGUUAGCAUAAACUGUGGAACAACCAAGAAGGCAGAAGCUAAACAUUGCAUGAUUAUUCAUUGCAUUUAGAAAACAAAUCAGACAUGUACUGAAGAGUAAAAUGCUUUCCCUUUGUUUCCUUUUCUAUACCAAUUGCCUGAUAGACCCAGAGAACUAGGUUGCUUUUUGUAUCACCAGCAUGGACUACUCCCAAUUUCUCUCAGUAGUAAGUGCAGCAAGAGAGGAAAAUCUUACAGAAGUUAUAGGUAGUUUGGCACAGAAGAACCCCUCAGUAAUCAUGAUCUCUGGAGGCCUGCCAAAUCCUAACUAUUUCCCAUUUAAAACAGCAAGUUUCACUCUUGAAGAUGGAACCACUAUUGAAAUUGGGGAGGCAUUAAUGAAGAGAGCCCUCCAGUAUUCCUCCACAAAAGGAAUUCCAGAGUUCUUGUCCUGGCUAAAGGAUUUACAGAUGAGUCUCCACAAUCCUCCCACUGCCAAGUACAGUCCUGAUCAGGGCCAAAUGGAGAUAUGUGUCACCACUGGCAGCCAGGACGGCUUGUCUAAAGUGUUUGAUAUGCUUGUCAAUCCUGGAGAUAAUGUCCUUUUAGAAGACCCCAGCUACUCAAGGACUCUGUCAGCACUGAAACCACUGGGUUGUAACAUUAUCAAAGUCCCUACUGACAAGCACGGUAUUAUUCCAGAAGCUCUGAAAGAAAUUCUUUCCAGGUGGAGACCAGAAGACGCAAAAAAGCUGAACAACAAUCUCCCCAAGUUCCUCUACACCGUUCCAAAUGGUAGUAAUCCAUCUGGAACCUCAUUAACUGCUGACUGCAAGAAGAAGAUAUACCAGCUUGCAAGAUGUUAUGAUUUCCUUAUAAUAGAAGAUGAUCCAUAUUAUUUUCUUCAGUUUGAAAAGACUAAGGCACCAUCAUUUCUGUCAAUGGAUGUUGAUGGUCGAGUGAUCAGAUGUGACACUUUUUCUAAAAUUAUCUCUGCUGGGUUGAGAUUAGGCUUUUUAACAGGCCCCAAACCUCUUAUUGACAGAGUUAUUCUACAUAUGCAGAGUUCAACGAUAGCCAGCACUUUCACACAGAUCCUAAUGUCAGAACUUCUUCACAAAUGGGGACAAAAGGGUUUUCUGGAGCAUGUAGAUAGGAUAAUGGAAUUCUACAGGACCCAGAGAGAUGCAAUGCUUGCAGCAGCAGACAAGUGGUUAAAAGGUUUGGCGGAGUGGAACAUCCCUACUGCUGGAAUGUUUUUAUGGAUUAAGAUUAAGGGAAUUUCCAAUGCAUACCAGAUGAUUAUGGAAAAUGCUUUGGAGAGAGGGGUGGCUUUGGUUCCUGGACAAUCGUUUAGCAUUGAUAGCUCAGCUCCUACUCCCUAUGUCAGAGCUUCCUAUUCUUUUGCUUCUCCAGACCAGAUGGACCAGGCUUUCCAGAAGCUGGCUGAGCUUAUAAAAGAAACUGUCUGAAAGGAUCAGAACAAACUGGCAUUUUUAGAAACCUGGGUUCAUUGACAUUUACAAAUUGUGUGCCUAAUUUCACUGACAAGUCUAAAGGAGUGAUUUUAUUUCUACUUGCUGUAAUUGCACAUAACUUUUAAUUUUAUUCUUACUGGGCAAUUUUGCCAUGAUGCCAUCAAGUACCAUGAUACCUGACAAUAACCAGCACAUAGACAUAUAGUAGAACAUUACAUAUUCAAAGCACUGUACAAUUAUUAACCAUUUAGUUCUGAUUUCUGUGAGUUAGGUAAGUAACUGUUAUCCCCCUAUUACUGAGGCAUGAAAAUGAGGCACAGCAUUUAAGAGACUUGCUCAGGGACACACAUCAGGUCAGUAGUAGAGUUAGAAAUCGAGAGCUCCUGACAGCCACAUCUGAUCCCCAGACCAUCGCUUCCUUUCUUCCCAGACACCGCACAUACAUAAUGAAUUUGAUUUUAUUUUUAAUAGGUGGGUUUCUGCCUGUCACCACGAGAGCUAUGUACCCACUGACUGAAAGCAAGUAUUUCCCACCUGUAGCUCUUCUGCCAGGUGGGGUCAGCAGCAACAAGGGCUGGGUUCAGUAUCUAGGGGUUCCUCUUAAAAUUACAACAUUAUACCAACUCAGACUCCCACACAGAGAUCUGAGAAAACUAGAUACCUCCUAUGGCCACCUCUAAUGGAUAAUACUUCCCCACUCGCAAGCACUGAGUCUAUGUAAACAAAAAUGUUUAUUAAAGAGAGAGAAUACAGCAUUAAUUUCGGAAAACACAGCAAUGAGGAUUCAAAAGUACACCAACACCCAUCCCUCAGCAGCUUGGGUGGUGUCCUUUGCCUCAGUUUCCCACCUUGCAGUGUGAAAGUCCAAUGGACAAAUAUCCCUUCAAUACACCCUUCCUCCUUUCCCUAUUCUACACUCUACUCAUGGGUUGUUGUCCAAGGUCAGCAAAGAUCCCAAGUCUAGAGGUCCCCCUGGAGAGGACUGACACCUUCAUUGAGGACUGCUGCUCUUUCUGCCGUUGCUGCUUGCAGCUGUCACUGCCACCUCGACUGCUGUUCUGCUGUGUCCUUGGUCCAGUCCAGCUCUACUGCACCAUGACCAACUGACCCAGCUAUUAGCAAUCACAGGGCACCUUUGAUGCCAUUGCUGCAUCUCUCACCAUGCUGCCUUUAGCCACAGUGCCACAUUUUUGGAUUCCACCACCUCGCCUGUCUCUUAGUGAUCACAGCUGUAUUGAUCUCACUGGAUAGCGGGGAAAUUCACUGCUGCUCCCUUCUCUGUGUUGCCUUUUAUCACAACACUGUUUUCACACCAGGUCUAAGACUCAGUCCCUUUGACCAGCUUACCAGUAACUUCAGCUUUAGUGAUCACUGAAAAGAAACAAGGACUUGUAAUUGAGUCCAAGCAGCUCUGUCUGAAGGAAGAAGAUCAUCUAGAACUGUUAAACACACUCCUCACCACCAAAUAGAAACACCUGUUCCCCUCUGAUUUUCACUUGGAUUUGAAUCACUACCCCCACACUGAGCAAGUGAGGUUACUGUUCUAGCGAGCCCCUGAAUUAGGACAUAUUAAGUAUGAUUCUGCUGUCCUUUAGUCAUGCAGUAAGAAUAACAAUAUUUCAUUACCCAUGCAUCCAAGAUUUAAGUGAAUUUUAACCUAAAACAGCAAAGUUGAUCACCCUGGCAAAGUAGGUGUGUUUAGACACCUAAGGUCUGAUCUUGAGUUUUUUCCUCUAGUUCAUCAAUAAGUAGCAAGAGAGAUUACUCAGACCACUGACUUACAUACUCCAGCAAUACCACUACUAAAAUAGCCAGCAGACUUGUUAAAGAGCUAAACCCCCCACUGCCAAGAAGCUACAUGCACUUUCUACAGCAAUCUUUGACCCUGCUGACAUGAGGUACAGAAGUUAGACAUGGGGUAUGUCUAUGAUGCAACUGAAGGUCUGAUUUCAGCCUGGAUAGACAUACCCACACUAGCUUUAAUCUAGCUAGCACAGCUAAAAAUAGCAGUGAAGACACAAUAGCACAGGCUGUGGAAGCCUGCCCAGAACCCUGGGUGCGAAUGUGCAUUCCUAGCCUGGGCUGGGGUCCACGUUACCACAUCUUUGCUACUAUUUUUAGCCAUGAUAGCUAGAUUAAAGCUAGUGCACAUAUACCUAGCCAAGCUGCAUACACAAUGAAAGGGUGAUCCCCACUCCACCAACAUAAAGCAUGAGUAUCUGAGACCCUUAGCAUAGCAUUUAGGGAUGGGUAUAGGCACCUCCUCUAGCCACUCAGUAAAGCCCCCAUACAACCUCUGUGUAGCAGCUAAGCACUGUGGUGCAGAGGGUCUCAUGCUAGUUCUCCACACCACAGGAGAACUUUACCCUAAGUAAACUAGCGUUUCUUGCAGAGUAGGGUCUCUCACUAGGCUAGCCCCUACAUAGUUUAAAAUUAAAUCCAGAAGUGAUAAGUCUAUGAAGUGAUAAGUCAUCAGGGCUGGCUCCAGGCACCAACUUAACAAGCAGGUGCUUGGGGCGGCCCAGGGAGAGGGGCAGCACCUGCAGCAAUUCGGGGGCAGCAGGUCCCUCACUCCCUCUAGGAGCAAAAGACCUGCUGCUGAACUGCCGCCACCGAUCGCGGCCUUUUUUUUUUUUUUGCUUGGGGCGGCAGAAAUGCUGGAGCCGGCCCUGUAAGUCAUAACCACAUUUCAGUACACCACAAUGUGUUUUGCUUCACCUGCUUUCAAUAGAGCUAUGCUGGUUUAUAUCAGCUGGGGAUCUGACUCACUAUUUCUUGUCCUGAUGAGACAGAAGCACCUUGGCAGGAGUGGGAAGCCCUCAGGCAAUGGAAGGCAUUCUCAGAAGAGAAGGAAAUUAUUAGUCUGCUCGAAAGCUUAGCUUCAACAAGCAAAUAAACCAGUGAUUCUUCUUUAACUGGAAACAAAUUUUGUUUGUGUAAAAAGUGAAAUGCAUCAACUUGUUCCAACGUAACCUCUUAAAAUUACAGCACACAAUAGAAACUCAAUCACAGCAAACAGCAAAGAGCACUUCCUUCUAUAAACCACAACUCCAAAACAGACAAUACAAAUGUAUCUAAGCAUUUUAUGUUUAUAUGUUGCUAAUGUAGUAUCCAUCCACAUACAUCCUCCAUAAUCUUUUCUUUGCAUAUCUGAGUGUUAAGUAGAAAUGUAUGGCAUCAUACAUAAGUGCAUUGUGGUCACUUUGCACUGGUUAAGCCAUCAUAAAAAAGCCUUUAUUUUCCCCAUCUUGAGAGAAUACCCACUGGCACAGUCUCUCUUUACUGUAGGAAGGCCUGACACUUCCCAUUAUAGGACCCUGUUUUCAGUUGAUUAUAACUUUGCCAAACUUUAACUGUUUAGCCUGAAAUCUUCCAUAUCAGAUGCCUGCACAGACAACCUUAGUUCUGACAUUGCCUAACUUGGAAUCCUUGACUUUGCAACCUUAAUGACGUGUUUUAAUGUAGAUUGGUUUGUUUUGGGGAGCUUAGGCAGAGGAGUUGUAUAUUUUAGUAUAAUAUAUGAAUAUAUACAUACACAAGAGAGGGAGUGUGAACUGUCUUUUGCCUUGUCUUAAGAAUUGCCUAAUCUUUGUAAGAAUAAAUCAACAGUUAAGUAAUCAUUUAAAUUCUAAAUUCUAUUUUUUGAAUUUUAGAAUGCUUUUUGAUUGACCUCUUGAUUGGUAUCAAGCUUAAAUGAUAUUUAAUAUGGAUCUGUAUUAAAGGUUCCAUACUGGCACCAAGAACACCUGUCCAGAAUAUAUAGAAUAGAAUUAGAGAAGCUGAUGCUUUCUGAUAAGACCAGUUUACUGUUAUGUGAUCUCUUACACCCUGGUGAUUUUCUAUGUUAAAUUAAUUUAUUAAAACUUGUACACAUUGUCAUAUAAUCAUUUUAUAAUUUAUUCAUCUUUAAAUUGUAUUCUACUUAAUGAAAUCUAUAUUAAACAUAUACAGAGAGACAUUGUGAACUCUUAUGAGUGUUUUUCCACCUGUCUCAGAAGAUAAAUCAGACUUCUGAAGUGAUGAUUAAAUUAUCCUACAGAGUCCAGACUUCAGAAAUGAAACAAAAGAAUGCAUUUUACAUCUAACAGUAAUAUAUAUUAUUAUUAAUAAUCAUUAUUUUUAUUAUUAUUUUAUAGCUGCAUUUAGUUCCCCUCUAAGACCAGGUAAUUUUUUUAACCAUUGUGGCCUUUUUUUUAUUAUGAGAUUGUGGCUUUCUGCUCAUCUGGUCAAAUAUUAUUAAACAAUUCCCAAUUGCCAUUCA